AUGCGUCCCUCUCGCUCCGGCUUCGGCACUGCCAGCCUUGUGCAGAAGUGCCUGUACUCCAGCGUCGCCGACUCUGAUGAGGUCCGCAUCCCCCGCAUGCGUAACAUCGGUAUUUCGGCCCAUAUCGACUCCGGCAAGACCACCACCUCCGAGCGCAUCCUCUUCUACAGUGGUCGUAUCAAGGCCAUCCAUGAUGUUCGCGGCAAGGAUGGUGUCGGUGCCAAGAUGGAUUCCAUGGAUCUCGAGCGCGAGAAGGGUAUCACCAUUCAGUCGGCCGCCACCUACUGCUCCUGGGGCGACUACAAUAUCAACCUGAUUGAUACUCCGGGUCACGUUGAUUUCACCGUCGAAGUGGAGCGCUCUCUGCGUGUCCUCGAUGGUGCGGUCCUGCUGGUGUGCGCCGCGUCCGGUGUCCAGAGUCAGACCACCACUGUCGAUCGCCAGAUGAAGCGCUACGGGGUGCCCCGUGUGACCUUCAUCAACAAGCUUGAUCGUCUCGGUGCCGACCCCUUCGGCGCCAUCACCCAGGUCCGCGAGAAGCUUCACGUCAACGCGGCCGCCAUUCAGAUGCCCAUCGGCCUGGAGGGCAACCUGCAGGGUGUCGUCGACCUGAUCAACAUGCGUGCCCUCUACUUUGAGGGCGAGAGCGGUGAGAUGGUCAAGGUCAAGGAGAUCCCGGCCGACCUGCAGGAGGAGGCCGAGACCCGCCGCCAGGCUCUCAUCGAGGCCCUGGCCGAUGUGGAUGACGAGCUCGGUGAGAAGGUCAUCAUGGAGGAGGAGAUCACCGUUGAGAACAUCAACGACGCCAUUCGCCGUGCCACCAUCGCCAACAAGUUCUCCCCGGUGCUGAUGGGCUCCGCUUUCAAGAACAAGGGUGUCCAGGCCCUGCUGGACGCCAUUUGCCGGUUCCUCCCCAACCCCAAGGAGGUGCAGAACUUCGCCGUCGACUCCAAGAAGGACAACCAGCAGGUGGAGCUCCACUCCGACUCGUCCAAGCCCCUCGUGGCUCUGGCUUUCAAGCUGGAGGAGGGUCGCUUCGGGCAGCUGACUUACGUCCGUGUGUACCAGGGCACCCUGCGCCGUGGUGACUUCGUGACCAAUGUUCGCAGCGGCAAGCGCGUCAAGGUCCCGCGUCUGGUGCGCAUGCACUCCGACGAGAUGGAGGACGUGGAGGAGAUUGGCGCCGGCGAGAUUUGCGCCCUCUUCGGUGUGGAGUGCUCUUCCGGUGACACCUUCGUGGCCAAUGGCGACAGCUCGGUGGAGUCGAUCUCGCUGGAGUCGAUGUUCGUCCCGGAGCCGGUCAUCUCGCUGUCCCUGGCCCCGAAGGACAAGGGCAACAAUGCCAACUUCAUGAAGGCCCUGCAGCGCUUCCAGCGCGAAGACCCGACCUUCCGCAUGCACAACGACCCGGACAGCAAUGAGAUCAUCAUCAGCGGCAUGGGCGAGCUGCACUUGGAGAUUUACGUCGAGCGCAUGAAGCGCGAGUACAACUGCGAGUGCAUCACCGGCCGGCCGCGGGUGGCCUACCGCGAGACCAUCUCCAAGCGGGUGCCCUUCAACUACACCCACAAGAAGCAGUCCGGUGGUAGCGGCCAGUUCGGCCGUGUCAUCGGCUACAUGGAGCCCAUCGGCUCGACCCCGGAGGACAUGGCCGCCGCGCCGCAGUUCUUCAACGACGUCGUGGCCGGGUCCAUCCCGCCGCAGUUCAUCCCGGCUUGUGAGCGUGGUUUCAAGGAGUCCGUCGACAAGGGGCCGCUUUCCUUCAACCCGGUCAGCGGUGUGCGCAUGGUCCUGGAGGAUGGUCUCCACCAUGCGGUCGAUUCCAACGAGUUGUCCUUCCGUCUGGCCACCAAGACCGCCUUCCGGCAGACCUUCCUCGAGGCCGGGCCCAUCAUCAUGGAGCCCAUCAUGCGCGUGGACAUCACCGUGCCGCAGGAGUUCCAGGGGUCGGCCAUGGGCGAGCUGAACCGCCGCCGUGGUAUCAUUCUCGGCACCGAGAUCAACAUGUACCAGCAGUGCAUCAUCACCGCCGAGGUGCCGCUCAAUGUCAUGUUCGGCUUCUCGACCGAUCUGCGCUCCAUGUCCGAGGGCAAGGGCGAGUUCACCAUGGAGUACACCCGGCAUGCGCCGGUUCUGCCCAACGAGCAGGAGGCCCUGGUGGCGGACUUCAACAAGCGCCGUGCCGCUGGUGAGAUCAAGAUGACCGAGUAAAUGCGUGCGAGUGCGAAGGAGAGACCUGUGCACACCUCCUCCCCUCGGCGAGUGGCUGUGUGUGUGUGUGUCGUGAAUGUGACUCGGCCGCCCUCUCCCUGCCGCUCCCUGUGCUCUAUUUCUCUCUGUCCGCGCAUGUAUGCCUCUUUCUUUCUUUGUUUUUCUCUCUCCCCCCCCCCCUCCAGAUCUCUAUCUGCCAUCCCUAUCCCACCCAAUAGACGAUCCCCCUCUGCCA